AUGUCCACAAAGACCGAGGAACUGUUCGACAGAUACCAUGGGCAGGUGGUUCCGAGGUCCUUCAAUGGCGGCUUCAUCACUCUCAGCUUCGCCGUCAGUCUUAUCGGCGCGGCGUCUACUCUCGAGCUGCUGAACAGACGAACCUCACCCAAGGGCAAAUUCAACCAUCUCCUCCUCGUCAGCUCCGCGGUAACGAUGGGCGGAAUCGCCAUCUGGUGCAUGCAUUUCAUCGGCAACCGCGCCAUCGACUUGGCCGAUGGAGAGUCCGAGAUGCAGAUCGCGUAUUCGAGCGGCUUCACGGCCCUGUCCUUCUUCGUCCCCAUCGCGGUGCUGCUAGCCGCGUUCGUCGCCGUCGGUAUCAAUAACACCGUCUCCUGGUGGCGAGUCUGUGUGGGAGGCGUCCUGGCCGGUGCCGCCAUCUGUGGCAUGCACUAUCUCGGCAACAACUCCAUCGACAACUACAUCUGUAUCUACAAUCCGAUCAACGUCGUGGGCGCGGCGCUCAUCGCCGUAGCCGCGAGCAUCGUCGCCCUUGCCCUCUUCUUCGUCUUCCGCGCCGCCUGGACCACUUCCUGGUGGAAGCGCGCCGCGUGCUCCGUCGUCCUGGCCGGUGCCGUCUCCGGCAUGCAUUGGUGCGCUGCCACUGGCACCGAGUACCAGCUUGUGCGCCUCAACACCGGCAGCAACGAGUUGUCCCGCAACACAACCGUCAUUGUUGUCAUUUGCCUGUCGAUCGGUGCUUGCUGCGUCAUGGGCGGGACGGCUGUUUAUACUGCCCGCAUCAUGAAGCGGUAUGCCAGUAAGGCACAGCAAGUGGUCCUCGCGGCCGCUGUUUUUGAUAAGCACAAUCGCAUCCUCGUCAACCCCGAUGGCCUGGUUCCGAGUGAGAAGAUCACAGAUACGUUCAUCGAGAAGAACGCCAGUGACAACUUCAACAUCGCUCACCCCCUGUUUCUGUGGAUGUUUCAGGCGUCGCGAAACUGGUCCGGCAUCUCGACACUCGUCGGCAGCAUGGCGAACCAUUUGGCUCACCUUCCGAGGCAUGGCCGCGACCGCGAUACUCGUGCCGGCAUCCAGCUCAUAAACGAGCAUGGCGAGCUCAUUGAGAAUUACGACGUAAUCUUCCGUGAGCUCUUCUGCGUCGCUGCCGUCGGUCUUGCCGAUAAGAUGAAAGAGCACCUGACAUCCGUUGGCAUGUUGUGGGACGAGAUCCUAUCGACCGGCGCUAGCGGCGAACGUCCGGGACACGACGCAGGCAGUCAUCAAGACGCUGCUCCCGUCCUGCGGCCUGAUGGGAUAAAGAGGAAUGUCGUGGCAUCCGGCAACAUCGUCGAUCUAGCAGAGAAGGGGGUAGGCCACCGGGUGUUCCAUGAGUUUGGACGAGGGUCCCUUAUGUUCUUGGUACGCCGCGUGCAGACUGACAGAGAAAUCGAGAGGCUGGAGGCCGCCGGGUACCGUUUUGCGGAGCUCCGCCAAGUCAGCAGUAUCAUCGGGGCCAGCAUGCAAAUCAAGUCGGCGGACCUGGAGUCGAAGCUGUACAAUAUGGCCGCCUACGCUGACGACAACAACCAGCUGGAGCCGGGCGUACACAUGGGACUCUUCGGCAUCCGCGCGCGCGUGGGCAGCUAUGGUUUCGAUGUGGCCGUCCGGAAGGGAGCCCGACACCUGUUGCCCAGCGUGCAGAUGCCCAUCGACCGGAUCGAGCAGUGGCACUUGAACUUCCUCCGACAGCUGGACCGCCUGAACACCCUCAGCAUGAGCAGGGCGCUGGCCUCCAUGAGCAAUGUGGGCACCCGUGAGGUGCAGUUCGCGUCCCAGUUGAUGGACAGCCUCAACGCACUCCGCACCUGGAUUGACGACCCAAUCUUCAACGAGGCCAUCCUCACCAGCACUGUCGUCACACUGCCGGCGAUCCAGACCCCCGACGAAGCGUCCCCGCCGCUCCCGACGAGCCUGAUCGCCUUUCGGCUGGUAAUUCCGAUUCAUGUCAACUUCACCAGCCCCAAGUGCGAGUUCAUCCCGUUGAACUUCUUCAAGGUCCAUCAGCUUGUUGGCCGCGACACGUCGCGCCAACUUGCCUUUACGCAGUCAGUGCAUCGUGAGCUGGCGCCUGUUCUCCAGUCCGUGCCCCCCGAAAAGCCGAGCCCGGCGUUGCACGGCAAGAGCCAGUCCCGCUAUUCGACGCGCUUUUACAGCUUCAGUAGACCGAACUCGUUGCACCCGGUAGACUCGGAAGGAAAACCCAUCUCCACGGUACUCGGGCGUUCCUCUAUGGGGACACACUCGAACGAGUCGACUUCGACGCUCAAGCUCUGGAGGGUAGGUCGUGACAGCGAUGCCAUGUCUCCAGGCACCUCGAGCUUCGACGCGGCGCCCCCGGCAUACACAAACCACGAGCCGGCCAGCCAGUCGUCGCCGUUCGGCGGCAUCAUGGUGUCGGAAGAGAUCCGAGUCGAGGUCUCCAACGCCGACGACGUGGCGGUCCCCGACGCGCAUACACACCUUCGGACGCCGACGCUGAUGGACCGGCGGGCAAGCGAGCCGCUGGGGAACAUGGUGGCCAACGCGGGCGGUGAGGCGGAUGAGGGCGCCAGGGAGGGUGAGCGCAGCAACAGCACAAGCGGCGGCGCCAUCGAGAUGCGAACGUUACAGGUGGCCGAGGUGAGGACCAAUGUUCACGCCGGCGCCGGCACGCAGAGUUCAAACGUCGCGGUGGAUAGGGUGAAUGACGUGGCGACGUUCGUGGACCAACUGUUUACCAUCGCCAUCGAGGGCCGGUAA